AUGGAUUUGAAAGACUUAUAUGUUGUACUUGCUUGGGAUGAAAUGGCUAUUCAACCUGCACUUACAUAUGAUAUUAAAAAUGACAAAAUUAUUGGAUUUGAAGACUGGGGAAUGAGACGAACCAGAAAAUUUGCAGAUCAUGCAAUUUUAUUUCAUAUAAGGUGUUUAGCAUCUGGACAGAAAAUGUCUAUUGGUUAUGGCUUCUGUAAUGGUGCAACUUCGUCUAUUCAACUUUCAAGAUAUAUAAAAACAUGGCUGACACUUCUGCAAAGGUGUGGUUUUAAACCAAAAGCUACUGUUUGCGACCAAGGAGCAGCAAAUAUUGCAGCAAUUAACUUAUUAAUAUUGGAACCACGUGCACAGCAUUUCAGAUACAAUAUUUCCGAUCGCAUAGCUUCGGUCAAAAAUAAUAAAUUAUGCCUCAAUUGCAUCAGGUCAACGACACAUCAAGCUAAAGAUUGUACUUCGGGAGGAUGCAAGAAGUGCAACAAGAAACACAACACCCUGCUGCAUUUGGUGGCCGCUGAGACUACUCGAGAGGCAUCGGACAAGGAAAGGAGCACGGCUAUCAAACCUGCAAAUAAUAAGAUAACUCUCACUUCAUCUUUGUCAUCAGGCACGCCGAUUUGCGAUAGUCUUAAGAAGCACACUUGGUUAUCUACAGCUGUCGUCUGGCCUGGCGAGCACAAUUUUAACAUUCCGCCAAACCUACGUCUCGCCGAUUCAGAUUUUCAUGUCUCAGCAGAUGUGGACCUACUGUUGGGCGCUGAAGUUUUUUGGGACAUUUUGUGUGUCGGCCAAAUCAAAGCCACAAUAGAGCAUCCAGUCCUGCAAAAGACUCUUCUUGGUUGGAUUUUGGGUGGAACGACCGCUCAAUUACAAUUUCGCAACGAGAAGCGCACGUUAUGUCAUUUAAUCACAAAUCAAGAACUCUAUGAAAGCUUAACCAAGUUUUGGGAACGUGAAGAAUGCAAUGAGAGACCCAGACUCACGAGAGAGGAGAAUAGUUGCGAAGAGUACUUUGUCAAAACCACACACAGGACAGCUGACGGUCAGUUCGUCGUACGGCUUCCUUUCAGAAUGGAUAAGAUUGAACAACUGGGAGAUUCAAGGGCAACAGCGUUGAAAAGAUUUCAUGCAAUGGAACGAAAAUUACAGAGAGAUCCUACACUGAGGAAACAAUACGUACAAUUUCUAAGAGAGUAUCAACAACUAGGCCACAUGACGAGAGUUGAACACUCUAAGCUAAGCCAGCCCGGCUAUUAUUUGUCUCACCACCCAGUGCUCAAGGGCACAAGCUUGACAACGAAGCUACGCGUGGUAUUUGACGCCUCUUGCAAAACAUCCACCGGCAUCUCAAUGAACGAUGCUCUCAUGGUAGGGCCUGUAUUGCAGCCUGAUUUGUUGGACAUAGUUUUGAGAUUUCGUCUUUGGCAAUUUGUUAUAACGGCGGACGUGGAGAAAAUGUAUAGGCAAGUGCUAGUCCAUGAAUCCCAACAAUGUUAUCAACGAAUAUUUUGGAGAGAGAAUCCUCAAGAUGAUCUCGUCACUUAUGAGCUCAAUACGGUUACGUAUGGCACAGCGUCUGCGUCUUACUUAGCAAUUCGAGCCUUGCAAGAAGCCGCAUAUAUAAAGCAAAACGAACUUCCAAUAGGAUCAUUUACAAUUCUAUCAGACUUUUACGUAGACGAUCUCGUUACAGGCGCCGAUGAUAUCGCCAAGGCGCUCACGAUUCGCGAUGAAGUAACGGCUAUAUUAAGAAAUUGUAGUUUCAGAUUACGCAAAUGGGCUUCUAACGCACCGGCAUUGUUACACGAUCUUCAGGACGUCUUUUCAGAUUCAAUUAUAAAGCUGGACAACAACGAAAAGCUGUCGACUCUAGGAUUGCAGUGGCAUUCAGGCAGCGAUACCUUGCAAUAUGAGAUCAAACAAAUGACGCCAUCCAAAAUCAUUACAAAGAGAACGAUAUUGGCAAACAUAGCACGUAUUUUUGAUCCUCUUGGACUACUCGGACCUAUUAUCAUAACAGCCAAAAUUCUCAUGCAGCGCCUUUGGCAACUUAAGAUGGGUUGGGACGAAUCGGUGCCCAUCGAUAUUCAAACAAAAUGGCGUUCUUAUGAAUCUCAAUUGUGCAUUCUGAGCGGGCUCAAAAUUCCAAGAAGGGUCCUCAAAGAUGCCCGGUCGCGCUCGAUUGAAAUACACGGCUUCUGCGAUGCCAGUAUGGAGGCAUAUGGAGCAUGCGUUUACAUCAGGACUAGCUUUGAUGACCAUCACACAGCUAAUUUGUUAUGCGCCAAAUCUCGAGUUGCACCUGCUAAAACCAUGACUCUUCCUAGAUUAGAACUAUGCGCAGCACAAUUGCUUGCUCGGCUAACAAAACGCAUAAAGGAAGCGAUUCCUAUCACUAUCGACGGCACCUAUCAUUGGUCCGACUCCAUGAUUACCCUAGCAUGGAUACGUUCAGAUGCGCAGCGAUGGAGCAUAUUCGUAUCAAACCGUGUGGGUCAAAUUCAAGAUUUAACUGACACAGCCUCUUGGAAUCACGUAAAGACUCAGGAAAAUCCUGCGGACAUAAUAUCUCGAGGAAUUCCGCCAUCACAAUUGCUUCAAUCGCAGUUUUGGUGGAAUGGGCCACCAUGGCUCAAUUGGGAUCACAAACAUUGGAAUAUCGACGCCAUAGCAAUACCGACAACCGACCUCCCCGAAAUGCGAAGAUCUGCAAGUCCAAAAAAGGAACGUAACAUCGGAUCUUUGACUGCAGCAGAAUUGAAUCAUGCAAGAUUGCGCCUCGCGAAAGUAGUCCAGGAGUACUUCUUUUCAGUUGAGUUGAAGGCCUUGCAAGAUCAUAAGUCGAUACCCCGAAGUAGCAAGCUAUUCGGAUUAGCACCUUUCAUAGAUCAAGACAAUAUUAUUCGAGUGGGAGGUAGACUGUUGCACUCCUCGCUUCCGUAUCCAGCCAAGCAUCCGAUUGUGUUGCCAUCUAAGUACCCGUUCACAAAGAUGCUAAUCAUUUACGAACAUGAGAGACUGCUCCAUGCAGGUCCUCAGGCAACCUUAUCCUCACUGCGUCAACGAUUCUGGCCGAUUGCCGGUCGAAGCGCCGUUCAACAAAUCGUUCGCAAUUGUGUAAGGUGCUUCAGAACGGCUCCCAGGUCUGAGCAAAUAAUCAUGGCACCUCUUCCAGCCCCUAGAGUCUCACCUUCUCGUCCGUUUAUGCAUUGCGGCAUCGAUUAUGCGGGACCUUUCAUGAUUCGAGAUUCUAAGAAGCGCAACUCUAAGAGCUCAAAGGCAUACGUCGCUGUGUUUGUAUGUUUGGCUUGUAAGGCAAUACAUCUGGAACUAGUCUUUGAUCUGUCAACCGAGGCUUUCUUAAACGCCUUUAAAAGGUUCAUCGCCAGACGAGGUAGAUCAUCAGAUGUCUACACGGAUAAUGGGACAAAUUUUGUCGGCGCUGCUAGGGAAUUGAAGGAGUUACAUCGAGACUUCCUCAAGAGCGUACAACAAGACAGAAUCUCUGACUUCUCAUCUGAGCUUGAAAUCACAUGGCACUUUAAUCCGCCGCUGGCUCCGCAUUUUGGCGGCAUUUGGGAGGCCGCCGUCAAGGCCAUGAAACUUCACCUAAAGAAGGUGGCCGGAAUCGCAUCUUUGAACGUCGACGAAAUGGAAACAUUAUUAGCACAAGUAGAAUCAGUACUCAAUUCGCGUCCUCUUAUCCCUUUAUCCUCUGAUCCCAAUGACAAUUCAUGUCUCACUCCUGCGCAUUUUUUGAUUGGAGACAGCCUCACAGCUCCGUCGGAGCCAACUCUAUUGGAUAUAAAUGAAAAUCGCCUAUCAAGAUGGCAGAGAGUCAAGCAGCUGCAACAACAUUUCUGGAAAAGGUGGUCAAACGACUAUCUGAACGAGCUGCAACAACGCACUAAAUGGAAGUACGGAGCUACUUCACUAAGGCCAGGCCAAUUGGUAAUUUUGCGAGAAGACAACACACCACCUCUGUGCUGGCCAUUAGCACGCAUCAAGGAAGUUCAUCCCGGUUCCGACGGCGUGGUACGCACCGCCACCGUCAUCACCAGCAAGGGUUCCUAUAAGAGGCCUGCAACGCAGUCGCCAAGAGAAAAUCUAUUUUAUGUGGGACGAGAAUAUAUUGUGCCUUUAUAUGACUAUGUGCAUCUUCAAAAAGGUGUGCGUAAUAAUCUCUUAGAUAAAGAUUUACUUUUAGCUAAAACCGUAAAAUUGUCAGAACGUGAAAGUCAAUGUGCCUCUUAAGAUCAUAUUAAAGAAGUUUAUGAAAUAGACCGAAAGUGUUUUCAACAUCGACGAAAAAUGAAGAAAUUGACGGAUAAUCAUAUUUUUCCUCAUUUAAUUCCAAAAAUAAAAGUUAAAUUUGCAGUACAAGUCUUGAAUCAUACUGUAGCGGAUUUUAUAGAUAUAAUAUUUUCUUCAAAUAAAGAUGGUGUCAUACAAACAAGCAAUGCAACAAUGAAUUUGUCUAAAAAUGCUACAGUAACAAAAGAAGCUUUAUAUUUUUUUGAUGAUUUAUUUGACUCUUUUAAUGGAAAUAUUGGGCAAGGUCUCAGCAGUAUCAUUACACAAGAUAACAAACAUUUAACAUUUUGGCAAGAAGCAUUAUAUAAAUUAAGGAAUAUGGAAAUUGAGAAAAAAAGUUACAGAUCUUUAAGAAAAAAUAAGCCGAAGUGUUUGAUUAACUGGAGACAAACAAUACAAGGCGUAAAAUGUUUAUGGAAAAUGCUUCAAGAAUGCGAAUUUACCACGUUAAAUUUGAAAUAUCUCAAUCAAGAUGCUGUAGAAAAUUUCUUCAGCCAAAUAAGAAAUCACGGACAUCAGAACAGUAAUCCUACACCAUAUUUAUUCGGCACAUCAUUUAAAGCAUUAUUAAGGGGGAACACCACGGUGACG